AUGGCUGUAUCAUGGACAACGAUGCUUCGAAAACAUCAUGGUAUUUUAAUUAACUCUGAAAUUUGUAAAUCUAUUUUCAAAGCAAUUCAUCAAUCAUCUCAACAAAUCAUUUGCGUGAAAAGUCUUCCAAUUUUAAGUUCGUCAUCACUUAAUGAAGUUUAUAUUCUUCGUACUGUACUUUCCAAUCAUAAUAAUCAUAAUAUUCAUCCAAAUAUUUUAUCACUUUUAUCAAUUAAAUAUUUACCAUCGUUAUCAAUCAAAAACUCGACUUAUUUUAUUUUCGAUUAUGCAGAUAAUCGUGACCUAGCGUCACAUGGUCUAUUAUAUGGUGGUACAGAAAAACAAUUAACUAAUGAACAAAUACGAACAUAUUUAUAUCAACUACUAUCAGCUAUUAUUUAUUGUCAUGAUCGACUUGUUUAUCAUUGUGCUCUUGAAUUAAAACAUUUAUUGAUAACACGUACAGGACAACUUAAAUUAUCGAACUUUGAAUAUGCUAAACAUGCAGUAUGGCGAGCCAUGACAAUUGAUAUACGAGAUCUUUCAUGUUUUUCUCAAUGUCCACCAGAAUUACUUCUCGGUGAUCGAACAUUGCGUGACUCAUUAGAUAUGUGGUCAGUCGGUUGUGUUUUUGCUCAAUUAUGUUCAUCAACUCAAAUUGAGUCUUUAUUUCGUGGUGAUCAUCAAAUUGAACUACUUUUUUGCAUAUUCUCUAUGAUGGGUACACCAACGGAUGAUAUUUGGCCAUUAUUUCGUAAACAGCCUUAUUUCAAUGUUGAUUUUCCACGAUGGCCUAGACGAAAUGAUCAGCUAUAUGAUUUGACAAAAGUUAUAGGAGCAGAAGGUUUAGAUUUUUUGAAAUGUUUACUUAUUUAUGAUCCAAAGCAACGACUAACAGCAAGAACAGCUUUACAACAUCAAUAUUUUAAUCGAUAG